AUGGUGGAUCUUCAGACUACUGUAUGUUGCAUGUGCGGCGACGUUGGUUUUCCUGACAAACUCUUCCGUUGCAACAAAUGCCGCAACCGUUUUCAACACUUGUAUUGUAGCAACUACUACAGCGAAUUUUCAGAGCCAAUUGAACUUUGUAAUUGGUGUCAAAGUGAAGAGAGAGAUGCGAGAGAUGGAAACUCUUCAAAGAAAUCAGGAGCUGGACAAGAUAGUGGAAUACUAGUCUCAAAACGAUCAGAGUAUUCAGGUGAUCAAAAAAUCAAACAACAUGAUCGCGAAGAAACUAGCACUACUAGUAGUGAUCAAAAGGGAAAGAACCCAAGUGGGAUUCCUUCUCCAAGGCCCACUACACGCAGGUACAAGCUUCUGAAGGAUGGUUUUGUAUCUGUCAUAGCUGCAGUGUUCUUGGGGGAGUUGCACCUCCUCGUUUGCUUUGUUGAGUCUCUUAAGGAGUAUUGA